GAUUUUAUAUUUGUGUCGGAUAGAAAUACGUCGAGAGAUACGCCGGCGAACAAUUUAUUUCAAUUAUCAUGAGUAAGCUCACUAGACUCACUGCGUUGUAUUGCUUUAUAUAGAAAAAUCUUUAAACUUUACAUUUUGAAGAAAAGGCUUUCUAUUCUGUGUCGUGUUACAAAUAAUGGUUUGGGAUGAAACGUUAGUGACAUCUAGUCUUGCAACCUUGGUUAUGGUUACAAGAAAAAGUGUAUUUUGAAAAUAUUUCCUAGUGUUUUCUUCGUAAAAACAUCAGUGAAUUAUUUGUUGACUGUGCGGUGAUCACCUUUGUUUCUGUAGUGUUACAAAAAAAGUGUUAUGUCGGGCGGCAGAAGCAUCGACAAGGAGCGCAAGUCGCCCAGGGAAAGUGGAGAGGAUUCCGAGGAUGAGAGCGAAAUCCUGGAGGAGAGUCCUUGCGGCCGCUGGCUUAAACGUCGUGAAGAGGUCGAACAGCGAGAUGUGCCAGGUAUCGAUUGCGCGCACCUCGCAAUGGACACAGAGGAGGGCGUGGAGGUCGUUUGGAACGAAGUCCAGUUCUCCGAGCGAAAGAACUUUAAAGCGCAGGAAGAUAAGAUCCAAAUGGUAUUCGACAACCUCACACGGCUUGAACACCCAAACAUCGUCAAGUUUCAUCGGUAUUGGACAGACACACACAACGAUAAGCCAAGGGUGAUAUUUAUAACAGAGUAUAUGUCGUGUGGAUCUCUAAAACAAUUCUUAAAGCGAACUAAGCGAAACGUCAAGAGGCUGCCACUACAGGCGUGGAAACGAUGGUGUACUCAAAUACUUUCGGCUCUCAGCUAUCUUCACGGUUGUGUACCACCAAUCGUCCACGGCAACCUAACCUGCGACACGAUCUUCAUUCAGCAUAACGGGCUUGUCAAGAUCGGUUCAGUGGCACCAGACGCUAUCCAUCACCACGUCAAGACCUGUCGCGAGAACAUGAGGAACAUGCAUCUCAUCGCUCCAGAAUACGGAUCAUCUCAAAUGGUGACGCCAGCGAUGGAUAUCUACUCAUUCGGCAUGUGCGCUCUCGAGACCGCAGCUCUUGAGAUUCAGGGCAAUGGUGACUCCGGUAGCCACGUCACUGAAGAUCACAUCGUUCGGACAGUUGAGUCUCUCGAGGAGCCCAGGCAGAAGGACUUCAUAUACAGAUGCAUAAAUAAAGAUCCGGCGAAGAGGCCUACGGCCAGAGAGCUCCUGUUUCAUCCUUUGCUGUUCGAAGUUCACUCCCUCAAACUGCUAGCGGCUCAUACUCUCGUCAAUACUAGUGCGAACAUCUCGGAGACGAUAACGGACGAGGUGUGCGGCGGCGCGGGCGGCGCGGCGCUGGCGUGGUGCGAGCGCGCCGGCCUGCGCCACGAGCUGUCCGCCAAGGACCUGCCGCACGCCGAGAAGCUCGAGAAGUUCGUCGAGGACGUCAAGUACGGCAUCUACCCGCUGACGGCGUACGGGCCCGCGCGCCGCGCCGCGUCGCCGUGCGAGCGCGCGCGCGCCGCGUCCGAGAGCGCGCCCGCCUCGCCCGAGCCGCGCGCGCGCGACCUGGAGACGCGCCGCGUCGUCAACAUGAUGUGCAGCCUCAAGCCCGCGCCCGCGCCGCCCGCGCCGCCCGCGCCGCCCGACACCGACCUGCUGAUGACGAUCCUGCUGCGCAUGGACGACAAGAUGAACCGGCAGCUCACGUGCUGCGUGUCGCGCCGCGACUCCGCGCACGCGCUGGCGCACGAGCUCGUGCAGCUCGGCUUCAUACACGAGGCCGACCGCGACAAGAUCUGCCGCCUGAUGGAGGAGUCGCUGCGCAGCAGCUUCGGGCAGCUGCCCCGCGCGCCGCUGGUGAGCUAGUAACGCCGCGGCCGCCGCGCCCGCCGCGCCGCCCCGCCCGCCGCCCCG